CUCUUCCGCGACAUCUGCCGCCAGGUGCCGACGGUGCUCACGAUCUACGACGUGGACAUGACGGUCACGGAGGCCCGCGGCGUCGUCAAGGCGGCCUUCGCGAAGAACGCGGGCGUCACCGACGCCCGCACGAUCGCGAUCCUCAACCACAAGGGCCGCACGGAGCUCCAGGAGGCGACGCUCCAGUACAAAACGAAGGCCCAGCUCAUGGCCUUC